AAUAAUCACGUGAUUCACACGUGGUCUACUUUGAACCUCAUUCUCCUUUCAAUUUAACACUUCAAAUAGAAUAAAACCGACUUGUGGAAGUGUGAAAUGAGAUAAAAUCUUUGAAUCACACCAUAACAAAAACCGACCAAUUCGGACGGUGUUUUGGAGGUCACUAAUCAUGGCGGCGAAUCAGAGAGAAGCUCGGCGGCGGCGGAUCCUGGAGCGAGGUUCAGACCGUUUAGCCCUAAUCACCGGUCAGAUCCAGUCCCUCCCUUCUUCCUCCUCCGCAUCUCCUCCGCCAUUCGAUCAAAAUACCAAUUCAUCAUCCCAGCCGUUGAUCUCUAAUCUUCAGGAUCUUCGGCCGCCUCCUAGUUCCGAUCAACCUACUGUUUCUCAUGAUAUCGACAAGACGGUUGGUUCUACAUUGCCACAUAAUGAUCCUCAGAUCAGUGCUAGAUCUUCUACUUAUUAUGGAACCAGUACAGCGCCACUCCUGAGCAAAUCUAAUGAAAUAGAAUCUGCAGUAGCUUCUACUCCCGAAGACAGUGGAAGAGCACCGCCCGGUUUCUCCCUGUCCGAAGGUCAAGAUGCACCUCUUUCUACAGUUGCCAGAGAUCAACACUCCAAACCAAAAUUGCCACUUGUCAGUUCUUUCUCUAUAAAUGAACUAAGUUUGGUGAUUUCUGAAUCUGAGAAGACCCGCCUUUGUUUUUCGACUAUUAUAGCAUUUCUAGUAGUUGCUCCAUAUGUAGGAUUUCCGUUCUUAGGUCAGAGUGUUAUGAGAAUUGUUUUUGGAUUUAGGCCACUCUAUCUAGUCUUGCUCACUAAUGCAACAAUUGUACUUGGUAAACUUCUUUUCACUAAACAAAAGGGUUAUAGAGUAACUAAUAGAGGAGAUGGUCAAGUAAAUCCACCUGAGGCACAAAGUUCAGUUGAACAAAUUGGUAAAGUUUUAGAGGCAAGUCUAGUGGCUCAGAAGGCAAUGGGUGCAAUUUUCAUGGACUGCAGUGUGUAUGCAGUUAUCGUCGUAUCGGGACUUUCGUUGGUGCAGCGGCUUUAGAUUCAGUCUGUGUCGAUGUUUUACUGUUUCGUUUUGUUUUUCAUUCGAAUUUUGUACUGUAAACUUAUCUUGGAUCAAUGAUACUUGUAUCAAGGUUGGUUUGGUAACUUUCUUGCAUUAAACCAAAAGGGCCUUUUUACAAUCCAA